AUGAAUAUUUUCAGAUUUCUUGGUGAUAUCUCCCAUUUGGCCAGUAUAUUGAUACUUUUGUAUGCAAUUGAAACAAAUAGAUCAAUAAAUGGACUUUCACUAAAGACACAGGCGUUAUAUGUCCUAGUGUUUGUCACUAGGUAUCUCAAUUUAUUCACCAAGUAUUAUUCGCUUUAUAACACCUUGUUGAAGAUAAUUUUUAUUGGAAGCUCGAUAUAUACGGUUUAUGUAAUGGUUUACAAGUACCACAAGACAAUCACAAACCAUGUGGAUACAUUCCCCGUGAGAUAUUUGGUGGGAGGUGCAGUACUUGCUAGUUUGAUUUUCACGCACAAGUAUACACCCGGAGAAAUCAUUUGGAGUUUCAGUUUAUGGCUUGAAGCGGUUGCAAUUUUACCCCAACUAUUUAUAUUACAAAGGACUGGUGAGGCGGAAAACAUUACUACUCAUUAUAUCUUUGCCUUGGGUUUAUACCGUGCGUUGUAUAUCCCUAAUUGGAUUUAUAGAUACUACGCAGAAGGUCAUUUCGAUUAUGUUUCGGUAUUGGCAGGUCUUUUACAAACAGCAGUCUAUUCAGAUUUUUUCUACAUCUACUACAACAAGAUUAUGAAAGGAAAGAAAUUCGAAUUGCCAGUUUGA